ACUUAAUGGCAGAUUCAGCACAUAGACCUACCUUGCAUCCUACGGGGGACAUGUUCUUGACGUUGUUCAGAGAUGGUCCUAAAGUCCUUAGCCUGUUCAUCGGCUGUUUAUUGGGCACUGCGUCCCUGCUCCCAAUAUCACAGGCAGCGCAAGAAGGCGAAGUAGCAGGAGUGGUCCUUCGUGAAGUCAGCAGAAAGCACAGAGCCUUUACCGUCUUUGCAUAUACAAAGGACAACUGUACCUCUUACAAUGGAACCAUGCGCAAGCUCGCUGUCAUCAGGGCAUGUGAAAGGCAAAUUCUUGGUCAUGAGCUCAUUUUUCUUUGUAAGGAAUCGAAAUAUUGCCCGUGGGUCGAAGAUAAGUAUACAGCCUAUUUUAACGUGACGGUGGAAGGGAAAAGCGCAGUCAUUAAAUUCCCUGCUACUGAGGACGUCGCGUUGGUACCGGAAGAUAUCUGGAUUUUUAAUAAUUGGACACAGAAGGGCAACACAUCCGAAUUAGUUGUCAAGAGGAAUGAAGAUAUGGUGUACAAACUUAGACUCAGUCCAGUAGAAAGUCCGCAAGAACAUCAAGAAGUCGACGGUGUUUUGUUCGAGAACAGCUCACUGAUAUUCCAGGCACAAUGGGACAACCUCGAGUACAAGAUUUACUACGUGUAUGUUGUUUUGUUCAACUUAUGUGACUCUGAGAUAAAGGAAUUCGAGGCUCCGAGGCUUCAUUACGUUCCAGAAGUGACGCAGCCCCAGAAGGAUUCCCCUGCGCGCUCUUGGGUGAAGCCCGUGCUGACGGCGUCGACGCUUCUGGCCGCGGCGGGGGUCGUGGGCCUCGCUUGCAGAGGUCAUCAGCCAUCUGUAGGCGCAUUAACCUCCGCCCCCCCAGGCCACCGCAGGGGCGCCGCCGCCUCGGAGCCGCCCCCGCGCGCGGAUCCGACGCGGGCGCCGCCGGCCGCCGCCGCGCCAAGCAAGGCCGUUCUGCUUGUCUACGCAAGCGACGUGAUUCCGCAAGCAAAGAAGCUUCUCGAAGAACUCAGAGAGAAAACGGCAUGUAAGAUUCUUGAUCUGCAUGAUGUCUACGAUUUCGACAAAUUGCAUGACUCGGCGGCGUGGCUGCUGCGUGCCCUCCGCAACCCGGCUGUUCUGAAGAUCCUGCUGGUUUCCGAAGACGACGAGAGACUGCAGAAUCUCCACAGGUCUUCCGUACGGAUUCCUGUGCAGGAUGGGGACCAGGUGCUACAGGGUAGCUCUUCCGGCGUCGAAGGAGGGAGAGGGCUGGAUGGCGGUUCAAGUUCCCUUCGUCAGGAUCUUGAGGAAGUACUCUCUCCUCUCGCACUUCCAGAGUCGCGGAAUAAAGAUUCUGAGACUUGUCCACAUCCUGGAGAGAAAGGCUGUAUUCUGCCAGGUAGUUCGACUGCGAACGAAAGUGAGUCUGGCGGAGAAAGACCGCUCGGCGAGGAGGGCAAGGAGGCGGCUUUGGGAUUCCUAUACGACUACAUGAUCCAUAUACAGGAAUCGUCAUGUUUGUUCAAAGACAACCUCGUCUACAAAGCCCAGUUUGCGGACGGCCCCCUGGAUCGGGUGACAGAGAGCCGCCUCUUCCUCCUCCCGCGCCAAAGCCACUUCCUCGUGCAGGCAAUCAACGCGUUUGUGGCCGGAGAGUGAGUGCGGGAAUACCCAAAGGCCUUGGUAGUGUGUGCAGACUGUCGAGGCUUCCAGUCCACCGAAGGAGAUGAGAGUGGGAACGUCGUCGCCCUCGCUUUUGCCGAGGGAGGACUUACUCUGUGUGUGUGUGUGUUGUGUGUGUGUGUGUGUGUGUGUGUGUGUGUGUGUGUGUGUGUGUGUGUGUGUGUGUGUGUGUGUGUAGGACAGCUGCCUUGGCAUUGUUCCUCCUUGUUACCGAACGAAGUAUGAACAGAAUUCAUUGGUUCUGCAGAUAUGCGUUAACCGAAUAGAGGUUUCAUAUUUCGUAUCUUAAUUGUCAAGUGUAGAAACUUUUAUAUUGGCAUUUAUGUGAACUUAAUAUAACGAAUAAUACUGUCAAUAUAAUGAGAAAUGUUGCAGCGCCUGACAUCUGAAAUUGUAUAGAUGCUUAUUGAUCAAAUAUGGACGCACUUGUACAUGAUAAAAUUAUAUUCUAUAAGAAGUUGUAAAAGCCCUUCUUUGUCAGGUGGGAGUAGAGAAAAGGGCUUCCUAACGACUGAAUUUGUCAAAAUAGUAUAUUCAUCUGUAUUUUGGAUAUUCAUGAUUGUUACCUGUUACUAAUGAUGUUUUGAGUGAUAAAGCUAACAACACGUAUCUCUUAAGAUUUAACUGCAGCAAGCACUGCGGGUGAAAUCUGUCGCUUGGCUUGACUCGCUUUACAACACAUGAUUUGAUGCGCUGUUGCCAUAAGUUUGGCUCCGCCCUAUUCCUGGGAAUCUACAUAAGUUUACAGUUUGUGAUUUUUAUUUUAUUGAUUUUUUUUUCUACACCAUUACACAUUACUUUGGGUUUCUUCAUACUGCAAAAUCACAGCUAAUAUAAAAUGCAAGCUUAUAUUAUCUUUAAAGUGUUAUAGCUAGUAAGCAACCCCGAAAACAAUAGUUCUUUUGGAUUUCUAAAUUUGAAGAUAUCUUUAUUAUUGCUCUAAACGCAUUAUAUAUACAUUAUGGUAUGCCUUUACUGCUCUGUAGUAAAUUUGCGUGCAUUACAACUAUUUUCAUGCUUGUUCAUUCAUUUUCAUCACAGAUCAAUUAUAAUAUGAAGCCACGCCCCCAAAAGUGCCAUGACGGCUUUUAAAGAGACCUCUGGCUCCUAAUUGAAAAGAGAUUAUGAAUUGCAUUUGGCAUGAGUGCUGUGGAUGAUAACCUAGCCAAAAUAUCUAUAAGAUUUGAGAGAAUCUUUGUUGCAGCUACGUUUAAUUCAAGUUCAUUGCUGGAUAAGGUAUUAUUUUAAUUAUGCGAAGAGAAUUCAGGCGAGCUAUUGGGGGUCACGUGGCCUUGGGGCGUAGGGAUUCCUAAAAGUACGGGUUCCUCUAGUUCCUUUUCCUGAAGAUGGUUCUGGUGUGAUCUUCCCAUAAAGCGAGAGGUUAUAGUGGCGCCUAUUUACAGUCAAGGAACGCCUUGGGGGUACUGAAGCACUGAUAAGAACUGACCUCGCUUCUGUGUAGCGAGAAAAGGGUAUCACGAGAUUCGCCUAUUUGAAGAUCUCCUAACAGAAGAUAAGAACGAAAUUGAUAAAAUCACCAACAACAGGAGCUCAUUUGUUACCAUAUUUGCACCGCUUCUGAUCCUGUCUCCAAUGCACAGAAAUAGUUACAAGCGCCCUGUUAUCUCUGUUCUUUGUAUGGGGUAUAAUGUUAUGUUGAUUGAACAUGCACUUGCAAGCACUACCCAGAUAAAUACACGCACAAUAUAAGAAUCCUAUAAUUGUACUGCAUCAGUCCCCUCUUUUUCAAAAGCCUCAAGAGAGAAAAAAUCACAAAUCAUCUGAACCUAAAGCUUCAUAUA